AUGACCAGCGAAACGUCUCAAGACAACCACGAUUUUACCAACAAUAACAGUUUCAUCGCCGGCACGCAGUUCACUCGGACCAAAACCGUCUCGUUACUGGAGCAAAUGAAAGAAAACGAACGAGAAGAAAAGAUUGACAAUUUGUUCGACAGCGGCGAGUUUUUAAAGACGAAAGACGACGACAACGAUUCAGAAGACGACGACGUGGAAAGACUGCUGAACGUUUUCGGCGAGACGCUAAAAAAAGGCGACGAGGAAGAAGACGAAGAAGAAGACGAAGAAGAAGAAAAGAAGAAGAAAGAGGAGGAGGAUUUUCGGCAAAUUUUCGAUGUCGAUGGAAAGAACAGCUCCGGACGGUUGAUUUUGAAAGUCGUGCCGAGCGACGGUUGGACGGAAGGGAUGAAACAAAAAGUUUCGAAGGACGCGCGAGACGUGAGCAAAUGGGACCAGAGAGAAUUGGAAGUGCCGAUAAAAUUAGCCGAGCGUUUGCAAGAGUACCAGAGAGAUGGCGUGCGGUUUUUGCACGGGUUAUACGCGCGAAAUCUUGGCGGUUUGUUAGCGGACGAGAUGGGUUUGGGGAAGACCGUGCAGGUCGUGGCGUUCGCGACGGCGUGCUUGACGGCGAAGAUACCAAGGGGUGGGUUUGGCGGUGAAGGCAAUGGGAGGAGGAUGGUGAAAGGUGGAGUGUUGAUGAGAACGACGAAGAAGAGCAUUUGGCAAGACGAUUCAGGCGAGGAGGAGGAGGAGGAUUUGAAAAAGAGCGCGAAUGACAAAGAAGACGACGACGAAGAGGAACGCGCAGAAGAAGGAGGAGAAGAAGAAGAAGGAGAAGAAGUGAUAGAUAUGGAGGAAACGAGGUAUGACAAAUGGGGUAAGCGUGAAGUACUCUCCGAAGAAGAGGCAAAGAGGAGAGGCGUCAACUCGAACAAUCGAAGACCGAUUUUAAUCAUCGUUCCGGCGACGUUGAUUGAUAACUGGAAGAACGAGUUUGAAAAGUGGGGCGAGGCUAUCGGUGACGACGAAAUAUGGGACGUCAAUGUAGCAGUUGCGCACGGGAAUAACAGAGAGGUGGUGUACGACGACAUUGAGAACCAUCGCGGUGUGGACGUGGUGAUCACGACGGUAAACAUCAUCUCCAGAGAUAUCCAAUCAAAUCCAGAUUUUAACAUUUGGACGAACACCAACUGGGAUUUUUGCGUCAUCGAUGAAAUGCACAAUUCGAUGAAGAACCCGAAGACGCAAUCGUCUAAAGCAAUGCGCCAAAUGAAAUGUCAAAAAUUUGGCUUAACUGGGACGCCUUAUCAAAAUAAAGCCGAGGAAUUGCACACGAUAUUUGAUGCAUUGAAUUCGAACUGUAUUGGUUCGUUAUCUCAUUUCAAAUCGUAUUACGAGAGACCGAUGCACAAAGCGCGAAGCGCAUCAGCGAGUGCAUACGAAAUUGGACUCGGCAGAAAACGCGCGAUGCAGUUGAAUGGUUUACUGAGCAUUUAUAUGCUGAAGAGAGAGAAGAAGCGCGUCUUGAAAGCGGGGACGAUGAAGAAAAAGACAGAGAAAGUCGUAUUUUGUGAUUUGGCUCCAGCACAAAGAAGAGCGUACGAACGCAUCCGCGAAUCGACGAGUGUACAGUUGAUAUUGAAUAAAGAUAGUCCAUGCGAUUGUGGAAGUGGUGAGAAAAGGAACAAGUGUUGUUAUCCUGCUAAUGGCUUGAACGACGAUGAUGGGGACGAGAUGUGGUGUGCUUACGGACCGCACAAUAGACACGGACGGACAUGUCCGAUGUGCGUCGGAUUCGCGUGCGUUUUUGCCUGUCGUAACGUCUCGAACCAUCUCGAGCUUUUAAAACCGUUUGAUUUACCCCCAAACCCGAAAGAAGAAGAUGUGGCAAAGUUCAAACGCGCGCAAGCGGUGGCUAAAGUUGCUCUCGGCGACGAGCUCGAUGCGCUCGGGGGAUUGCGACCGCAACAAAACUUUCUCGCCGCUUCAAACUUUGACCAUUGCGGUAAAAUGAAAACGCUCAGUAUUUUACUCGAGCGGUUUUACAAGAGAAACGAUAAAGUUGUUUUGUUUUCGUAUUCCGUUCGGUUGCUAAACGUGAUGAAUGAAUUCGUCAAGCGCAAGGGAUAUGUACACGUACGAUUAGAUGGCGGCACGCCGGUGAAAGAGCGUCAAAAAAUUGUCGACGAUUUUAACAAACGGGGCAGUUGUUUCUUGUUUCUCAUGUCCUCCGAAGCCGGCGGUGUCGGCCUUAACGUCGCCUCGGCGAAUAAAGUGAUCAUUUUUGAUCCGGCUUGGAAUCCUGCGAAAGAUUUGCAGUCGCAAGAUCGCGUGUACAGAUUGGGCAACAAGCGCAACGUGGAAGUGUACAGAUUAAUUUCCGCCGGUACUCUAGAAGAGCUCGUGUAUUCUCGUCAGAUUUAUAAACUGCAAAUGGGAUCGACCAUGACGGAUGGCAAGAUGGAACGACGAAUCUUCGAAGGCAUCCAAGGUGACAAAACGAAGAAAGGCGAGUUGUGGGGCAUCGUGAACUUGCUCAGACUGAACAUGGCGGGAAAGGUUGAGGUUCGCGAAAAAGUAGAAGAAGAGAAACGGAAAGACGAAGAAGAGGACAUCAUCAAAGAGGAAGGGCACCAAGGCGAAGACGGAUUUAACUUUAGAGUUGCGAAAGGUUUAGAUCAAGACCAAGCUCGUGAUAUCGGUAACGCUUUAGAAGAGGAACGGGAAGCGGCAGCGAAGCGAGGCGAGAACAUCUUCGAAGGCUUGCUCAACGAGGAGGAGGAGGAGAACGACAACAACGAGAAGAACCUCCAAGCGUUGCACACCAUGGACCAUAACAAGAUCUUCGGCGUGAGCGAAAAAGAGAAGAAGCGCAUUGAGGACGCCGAGAGAGCUUCGAAGAACGAAAAGCUAUUAAGCCGCCUCGCUAAGAAGAGGAAAGAGGCGGAAGCGGCAAAUAAGGAAGGCGGCCAACGAGGAGGAUUCUCCAUCAGAAACCGAAAGAAGAACGCGCUCGAUCCGCACGAACACGCGGUACAAGACAUCGCUUUACGCGCGAUGGCAAAAUACAACAACGUUUCUGAACUUGAUUUUGCCAAGCACUUCUUAUCUAUAAAGAACGAAGAGGACGCGCAAUACGCGCUAAUGCGGAACGUGGAAGGCUUAAGAAGCGAGAUGGAUGAUUUCGACGACGACAACGAAGAAGAAAAUUAA